UAAUUUUUUCCGGUGUCCAAUCAAUCUGCGUUCCACGGUCACCAUAAUGAGGACGAUUUUGCUACAAUAUGUUAUAUUUCAAUGACUUACUCUGUUUGAUGUGAGUCAGGAAAUUAAAAACAAAUCAGCGCAAGACAAUAAGUUGAAGGAUCCUUUCAAUCCGCAGAACUUUGGUAUUUUUUUGCAACUCAACUUUCUUCAAAAGGUUCCAUCAAAAUUCAUCAUGUCAUUAUCCUUCAGAAAAAGUACAGUGCGACUAUUAGCACUGUCUGGGUUCUAUUUGCUUUACAUUGUUAUUGGAGCAUCUGUUUUUUCAGCAAUAGAAGGACCAAGGGAAAGAGAUUUGACUGUACAUGUUCGUGAUGUGAGGGGAAAAUUUCUAAAAGACCAUAGUAAAUGUCUUACCGAUGAUGACUUGGAAAAGUUUCUGAUUGAAAUCAACAAUGCUGCUCAUAAAGGUGUAUCAUCCACUAAAAAUGUAACAAUGGCAGAACCUAACUGGAGCUUUGGACAGUCAAUUUUCUUCUCUGUUACAGUGCUAACAACUAUAGGUUAUGGAAGAGUUACCCCCUUAUCAGAUGAAGGGAAAGGAUUCAUUAUUGUUUAUACCGUAAUUGGUAUACCUCUAACUUUGAUCUUAUUUAGUGCAAUAGUAGAGAGACUUAUGAUACCAACUAAAGUGUUCUUGUACUUUCUGUUUCGUAAAUUAGGACACCUGUACAAAGUUUUCCAUAUACAACUUUUGCACCUUUUUUUCGUGAUACUUGUGCUGCUUGUCUUUAUUUUUCUGAUUCCUGCCGCUGUUUACUCAACUUUGGAGCCCACAUGGAACUACCUUGAUGCUUUCUAUUAUUGUUUUGUUUCCAUGACAACAAUAGGCCUUGGAGACUACAUACCUGGAGACAAUCCUGAGCAGGAGUUAAGGCCCCUUUAUAAGGUGGCUACCACAUGCUAUUUAGUGAUUGGAUUGUGGGGUAUGAUGCUGUUAAUGAGUGUGCUGUAUGAUAUACCUGAACUCAAUAUUGGAUUCCAUUUCUAUAUGAAGUCUGACAAGGACGAGGAUGAAGAGCGAACGGCACUGAAAAGUUCUAUAGAAAAGACUGGUACCAAAUAUACCAAACAUGUGGAUGAAGAGCAACCAACAGCAGUACAGGCUGAAACAAGUGAAAGAAAUACAGAGCAGUAAAAGAUUUGUAGUAAAUUGAUUUUAAAAUUGUUGUGUUUUAAGUUAAUAUAGAAAAAUUCUACAAGAAGGUAGUUCAUAUAAUAUAAGUUGUUAAGUCUUUAUUGUCAUUAUUGAUCAGUUUAUAUAUUUUUAUUCUAUCAGCUUUUUGUUUCUUGUUAAGGAUUUACAUAUAUCUAUAAAUAUAUAUAAAAUGUCUGAAUAAUAGUCAACAAUUUUGAUUUUUCCCAUGAGGGCACCUGAUUGUUAUGAGUAAUGAUACAUGUACACAAUAAAUAAAUUAUAUAAAACGCCUAAAAAGUGUACAAAACAGCAGCAAUAAUAACAAAAAAAUAUAAAUGUUAUUAUUUAUAAUAUAAAUUUAAUAUAAAAUAUAUAUGCAUCAUAUACAUAGAACAAUGCAGGCGGUAAUGAUAGCAAUUUCUCUGUCCACAUGAUUUAUGGUAAAUAUGUAUACAUGUACAUGUAUGAUGGCUUGUUUCAAAGCUAAGACAUUUUCACAUAUAUGUUGUUCAAUCCGUCGGAGUAUGAACUAUGAAGUGAGAUUAUAUUUUAUUUU